UGACUGAGCCGGCCACGGGGACGCGCGGCACGCGCUACGAAUGCGAGUGUGCUGGGUACCGCUUUGAUAACCAGCGCUCUGCGCGCUUUCACACCGUAAAGUUAUAGAGCUAUAUAGUCACCAUCUCCCGAAGUCGAUUGGAUCUGUGCAAAUGGCAAAGAGGAGUACUUUAUUUAUCCGGAUUGUCGAGGGGAAGAAUUUGCCCGUUAAGGAUAUAAGCGGGAGCAGCGAUCCAUACUGCAUUGUCAGGAUUGACAGUGAAGCCAUCAUUAGGACUGCGACAAUCUGGAAGACGCUGUCCCCCUUUUGGGGUGAGGAGUACAAUGUGCAUUUGCCCCCCUCCUUUCACACUGUGUCCUUUCACGUGCUGGACGAAGACUCGCUCAGCCGAGAUGACGUCAUCGGGAAGGUGUCCUUCAGUAAGGAGGAUCUCGCCGCCAAGCCCCAAGGUGUGGACGGUUGGGUGAACCUCACAGAGAUCGACCCAGAUGAGGAGGUCCAGGGUGAGAUUCACCUCCAGAUGUCGGUGCUGGGGAAAGGGGAUGCCAAAAUCCUGCGAUGCCAUGUCUUGGAGGCCAGAGACCUCGCCAGGAAGGAUCGCAACGGGGCGUCAGACCCAUUUGUCAGAGUGCGCUUUAAUGGGAAAACCCAUGAGACGACAGUAGUUAAAAAGUCCUGCUACCCUCGCUGGAACGAGAGCUUUGAGUUUGAGCUGGAUGAGGCAGCUGGCGAGACGCCCCUGAGCGUGGAGGUGUGGGACUGGGACCUGGUCAGCAAGAAUGACUUCCUGGGCAGGGUCCUAUUCAGCAUUAACAAGCCGCAGUUUGCUAUACAGCAGGAGGAUGCCUGGUUCCGGCUGGGUCCUGAUAAGCCCAAACACAGCCAGCCCCAGCCUGAGCAAACUCUGGGCUCUCUGAGGCUGCAGCUCCGGCUCAGGGAUGAGACAGUACUGCCGUCUAGCCGCUACUGCCCUCUGGUGGAACUUCUGUGUCAGUCUGUGGGCACCAACCUCAAUGGCAAUUUGCCAGACUUGAUGAUGCUCAUCGACGAGACCACGACUGCUGAUAACCGACAGGAAGUAGCUACUAACCUUGUCAAGCUCUUUCUGGGUCAGGGGUUAGUGGAAGACUUCCUGGAUGUUCUAUUCAAACUAGAGCUAGAGAAGACUGGUGAGCCCAACACCUUGUUUCGGAGCAACUCUUUGGCUUCCAAGUCCAUGGAGUCUUUUUUGAAGGUGGUGGGCAUGCAGUACCUUCACCGGCUCCUGGCUCCCACCAUCAACAGGAUCUUCGAUGAGAAGAAGUAUGUUGAGCUGGACCCCAACAAGGUGGAGCUGAAAGAUGCUGGGUGUACUGGACUGCAUCGCAUGCAUACAGAGGCCGACGUUAUCCAGCAGAGCACCACCCAUCUGCAGUCCUAUCUUGCCGAACUGCUGCACGCCAUUGUCCAAUCGGCAGUCCACUGCCCCCCCUCACUUCGUCACGCCUUCCGGAGGCUCUACCAGCGAGUACAGGAACAUUUCCCUGAGAAGGAGUACAGGGUGAGCAGGCUGUGGAGGAGUACAGGGAAGGAGUACAGGAAGGUGAAGUUCAUCGCUGUCACCAGCUUCCUGUGUCUGCGCUUCAUCUCUCCGGCCAUUAUGUCACCCAAACUCUUCCAUCUGCGGGAGAAGCACGCGGACGCCCGCACCAGCCGCACGCUCCUGCUGCUUGCCAAGGCCAUACAGACCAUCGGCAAUCUGGACACCUUGGCCUGCUGCUCCAAAGAACCGUGGAUGGUUCCCAUGCAGCCCACAAUCCAACAGGGCAUCAAUCACUUGAAGGACUUCAUCACUCAGCUGGUCAGCUUUGAGGGCAGGGAAGACCCAGGCAGACAGGCUCAGGAGGGUCUUCAGUGUGGUUCCAUGGAGAAGGAGGGGUUCCUGUUACUGCACAGGACCAAGGACAAGUGCAUGCUGAUGGCUUCGCCCUUCAGGAAAUACUACGUCACCCUGGGCAAGGACACCCUGUCCUAUGCAAAGACACAGCACUCCAAGAAAAGCUCUUUCAUUGCCUUGCCGAAGAUCAAAGCGGUGGAGAAAGUAGAAGAGAAGAGCUUUGGAAGUGCCAAUGUCAUGCAGAUUAUCUCCUCUGAGGAGAACGGCCAGAUGGAGACCCUCUACCUGGAUUGCAAGAGCGUCAAUGAGCUGAACCAGUGGCUCUCAGCAUUAAGGAAAGCUUGCAUUCACAACACAGAUACCAUGAGCUCCUAUCACCCCGGAAUUUAUAAAGGAGACAAGUGGAACUGCUGCCACCAAAAGGACAAAGCUGAUGCAGGAUGUGAUAAAACUCGACACGGGGUCACCCUCCAGGAAUGGUAUGACCCACUGGAUCCUGAUUUGGAAAGUCAACUAAUUUUCCGACAUCUGAUUGGGGUCAAGCAAGUAAUGAGGGAGAAAUACCUAGAGAAGGUCCAGACGAUGGAAGAUAAUGGUCCAGCGAAGCCAGAUGGGAUUGCCAGAUUCUUCCACGUCCUGCAGGAGCUGCAGGAGGCCCAUGCGUCUGUGGAUGAGGUGGAACGCUCGUGGGAAAGAAGUCUCCUCUUGGAGCUACAGACAUAGCUGGCCUAGCUUCCACCCGUGAGCUCCACCCAGAUGCUACUGCUUUAACCCAGCAAGAUGCUCCUCAGCUAUACUGACCUGGGACCAGACCAGCACCGUUGUUUAGGAUUAUAUACUCUGGGGGGGGGGCUUUAUAUCCCAAUGAUUUAUAUCCUACACCUUUCUGCUUUGUGCACUACAAGCAGCUCUCGACUCACGUAAGUAAUCAGUUGCACGAACACAUAAGUCAAAUUUCAUAGUGGGAUCAAGUGGGAUUUACCUUCCCAUAUCAUUCAAGGCACCUCAUAGCAAAAUCACAGAAAAUAUAUAACAAAAAGGCAGAAUUAUACUAGUACAGUGGUCGUCAACGCGUCGUCCAAGAACAGCUAGUAGCCCAUGUUUCACUUAUUAGAAGUCGGAGACUCCUUGACAAUCAGAUAUUUGACUUUAAGUAUUAAAUCCUCUUGCUGAAUUUUAAUCAUUUUUUGGACCUCUGUAGCAGUGUUAAUAUUGCUUAAAAGGUCUUAGAUUACAGACCAUUUAACUUAAAAACCCCAAAUAUUGUGUUCUUAAAAUGAAUGUAAAGCAUUAAUGUAAAUCAACAGGACUGUCAUUUCGUCAGGAAAUAACACGUUAUGUGCUAUUUAAAAAAAAAAAAAACUGGCAUAAACUGUUGGCACCUCAUCGUACGCUGUUCAUGUUUUGUACUGUACACAUGCUGCGGUUAUUUGUGCAUUUUUAAAGCUGCGAACACAUCAAACAUUUUUGUCUUUGUGCUGUCAAAUGAAUGUAAACACUAUCAUAUACAUUAAAACAAAACAAAAAACAAA